CAAAAUGGACUGCCCCUCCCUUCCCAUAGUGCACCAGAAAAAAAUGGCGGCCUGGCGGAAAGAUUUUGAAAAGGAUGCAAAAUCUCUCAUCAAGUGUCUGACAGGGUUUCAGGAAGGAGAAGAGAACUUCGGUACCUGUCUGGAAUUUGUAACAUCAAACUUUAGGUUCCACAGAUUUCUGGAUGUCGACAGCCACAAGGUUGACAGGACAAUAGAUGGUUUGUGUGACAAGUACACUGUUCACUCCAAGGCAGACACUGCCGACACCCUGAGAAGUCUUGUGGUGAAGUUUUUGGAUCUGCCCGUCACUCAGGAGAAACAAUGCAGUAAGAGUGACACCCACUAUGCAGUACUGUCCUUACUGCUGUGUCUAUCAGAGACCCCCACCAGUUUGGACUAUCAGCAGCAAGUCUCCACCAGCACACAAGAAGAACCAGAUACAUUUGAUUGGACCAGUUACUUGUUGGAGGGAAUAGACAUAGACACAGGACCAUUUCCAGAAACUCCACCCUGGUCUGAAGAUGAAGAUGAUGAUGAUGAUGAUAAGGAUGACAGUUCAGACGACAACACACUUUCCACAUCCAACAGCCAGCAGGUUUCAAGUUUGAGGAAGGACUUUCUACAGUGUGCAGAACAAGGAUGGUUGCCGAAAGCUGAUUGGCUGAAGAACAGCGUGAUGGUACAGUAUUGGAGUGAACGACCCCAAACCAUGGAGCUGACAAACACCCACCACACUGCCAACCUCACUAACAUCUG